AUAGAUGAAGGUUAGCUGGCAGACUGGCACUACAAAUGUGCUGAACAGCACUUGUAUACAAUGACCAAUGUAUUCUGUGUACAAGAGUGUGGGGAUAUUGUGUCUGCACACCAUACAGUUUUCAGCAACGUGGAGUUGACCUGAACACACAUAUUUUUUAACAUUUAUAAAGGCAAAAUGCUCAAGAAGACCAAAAUCUGGCUGUUACAACUGACCUCUGUAACCUUGACCUUUGUUACCUUGACCUACUCCUAUCAGAUAGAGGACCUCUCCAAGGACUGUCAGUACAAUGUGAGUGAGACUCUUGGCACCAUGGUUACAUGUUACUAUGGAAACAAAACCACCAUUCCUAAGUUACUGAAUGAAAGUAGGCCUUAUCUGGACCAAGAGUCUUGGAAAUCUUUGACAGUUCUAGGAAAUUCCAUCAUGACCAUAUUUCCAGUGGAUUACUUUGAAGGAAUUAGGGAGAUAGAAACACUCCGCUUCCAUAACACCUUAAUGAAAACAAUACCCAACAUUUUUAUGAACCUGCAACAGGUUAACACAAUGGACUUUUCUUUCAAUGAAAUAGAGGACAUGAGUGCCGCUAACAUACAAAAGCUUGGUAUCCAUCUCCUAAAUUUGUCCAGAAAUGCCAUUACCUUUUUGGAGCAGGAUGAUUUGUCAUGGAUUCCUUCUGUUGAAAUUCUAGACCUUUCAAAUAACAUGAUAACUGAAAUUCCAACUGGUUUCUUUGGACCAACAAGACUGAUCAGGAAACUGCUUUUAUCUUACAAUUCCUUGAGGGUCCUCACUGAACAUUUAUUUUCUGGGUUGGAAACUUCUCUUCAAGAACUGUAUCUAGCAGAAAACAAGAUUUCUGACAUUCAUCCCAAUUCUUUAAGUAAGUUAAUUGAACUGAAACUGUUGGAUUUGUCAGGAAACCCAUUUAAUUUGAAAAUGGAUGCAAGUUCAAUCAAACUUCCACAGCACCUAGCACAUCUAGAUCUACAGAGAACAGCACUCCAGACUCUGAAAUUCUGCUCCAUCCAUCACCUUCAUGACCUUGAGUACAUCAAUCUCCAUGGAAACAACCUUGAAUGUACUUGUGACCUUGUCUGGGUUAGUCAAAACUUGCAGCUCCAUAACAAUUUCUUCCCUAAUUAUAGACAUGAGAGUUCUGAAAUUCAGUGCAAAAACUUGAAUGCCAAUACAAAGAAUGUUUCAACUUUGGAACCAGCAUGUAAAAAUUUAACUAGGCCCCAUUGCUAUGAAGACAGCCCACUUUCUCUGCUUCUACAAAAUCUACAGGUCCUCCAUUACAUGGUAGAAAUCAGAAAAGGAAAAAUCUUGAUACAUUGGAGUCGUGUGAACUCUUCCCUGAUCUAUGCCUUCCGUAUAUCUGUUAAAGAGAUGGGAUCUAAAGGCUAUUUCUAUGGCCCUGUUACAAUUCAUUCUAGUUCAAAUUCUUUCACGAUUGAAAGUGUUGAUCUAAAAAAUGUCCAGCUCAAGGUGUGCCUUCAUACAAUGCUGAAUGAUUCUUAUGAUAUCUACACUAAGUGUACAUUUGUAGAGGAUGAAUCUUUGACCAGCAUUGUGGGGAUUUUAGCUGGCAUUAUUUUCCUCAUUCCCUGCAUGAUUGCUCUCAUCCUUGUUAUUCAUUACGACAGAAAACACACACAUUACCGAAACUCGAGGGAAAGGCUUCUGAAAAUAUCAUCAGCAUCGGAUACCGAAGACAAGGGCAGCGAAGUCUACAAACAGGAAGUGAUCGAUGACAUUGAAAUAGGGGUUGUAAAAUCUCAGAAGAAACACCUAACAGAGGGAAUCGUCCUAAACUCUAAAGACUUAUCUACAUCACAGGUCUCGGUCAAAUUCGUCUCCGAGGAGAAUGCUUCCCCAGUGCCAAAUGAUAUCUCAAUAGUGGAUGGUCAUUCAGCCAAAAAUCAAACUUGAAGCUGAUAAUACUAAACUAUUGUCUCUUAAGAACUAGAUAAACAUUUAUAAACAUUACUUGAUUGUUGGUUUUAACCGUUGUUCUGUUUUGUUUGCCAUAAGACUGGUGCACAUGGCUGUCCACAGAUUAUUUUCAUAUUUUAGCUGUAAAGCUGAGUUCACAUUGUAUUCAAGAGCAGCUGUUAUGUGAAUUAUACAUUGUAAUAAUAUAACACACAUAAAACGAUGAUUGAUAUAAUGAACAAAUGUUAUGACCCUUAAAUAGGUCAUAAAAUGACUAUAAUAUUGUUUUAUUAAAGAUAAUGAUGCUA